GGAAGAAAUUUGUAUAUGUUGAGCCAUCUAGGAGAGUUAAAGAAAUACUUGAAGAAGAGCUUGCUUUUCAGAAAGAAGCAUGCCAUGUUAAACAUCCAGCUGCAGUGGCUCUGGAAGGAAUUUGGAGUGUGAAAAAGAAUUUCUCCAUUGGAAGCCUGAAACCAGUGUCACAGAACAGAAAUGGUUUACUUUUACAGCCUCAAUUCUACUCAAGGCAUGCAGGAAUGAAAA